AUGGCUGAGAAACUCACAUUUCCCGCUGAAUCGGCGGCCCUCCUCGAACCUCGCCUACCUCCAACGCUGGGCUCUGAGGACACCUCGAGGUCACGUCCCUUUGUCACAUUAACCUUUGCAACUUCACUCGAUUCCAGCCUGUCACUGGCGCCUGGGGUCCGCACUCGCCUGUCUGGCCCAGGCUCAAAAGCCAUGACCCAUUAUCUAAGGACCCGGCACGCAGCCAUUCUUGUGGGAGUGUCUACGGUAUUGGCAGACGACCCGGCUCUCAACUGCCGGAUUGCAGGAGUUUCUCACCAGCCUCGGCCCAUAGUCAUUGAUGCCAACCUUCGAUGGACGCCGCGUCGCUCUGACAAAGUCUUUGAAGUGUGUCGGGGCGGUGCCGGGCUCGCUCCUUUUGUCCUCACCGGCAUAGACGCCUCAAAGCUGCCGUCCGAGAGUGUUGAGCUGCUCCAUGAGCAUGGAGGCAAAUACAUCCAUGUGCCCACUACACGCGCAGAAGCAACUGGCCGGCUACGAUUCAGCUGGGACGACAUUCUCGCCGCUCUGCAAGCGGAAAAUGUGGCCAGCGUCAUGGUCGAGGGCGGCGGCCAGAUUAUCAAUUCGCUCCUCGACCCUGCUUACCACAACCUCAUCGACUCGGUAAUUGUGACGAUUGCCCCAACGUGGCUGGGCCAAGGCGGCGUGGUCGUGUCUCCAGGCCGGGUCACCGACUCGGCGGGCGUUCCUUUCCCGGUUGCGAGGCUGUCGCAUGUAUCAUGGCACCCAUUCGGCGAAGACGUUGUGCUGUGCGGCACGCUCCGGGAGUAG